AUGGAUCGGCCCCGCCAGAUUCCCGACUCUUCCUCCCACCCUCAUCAUCCAACCCUCUUCGCCUCUCUGCACAAAAGGACACGUACGGUGGAUGCCACUGCAGCGGAAAAAGCGAGGGAAGCGCGCGCAAAUGCCACUAGAGAAGCGAAGCGAUACCUUCUUCAAAUAGUCCGCAACGACUGGUCGUAUGAGCCGCCGGCCACUUCUUCGGGUCCUUCGUCCUCCUCAGCCUCGUCAGAGGCAGAAUCCCCAUCGCCGAUCCCAAAGGAUAGGGAUGUUCUGGAAUGGAGAAUGCGAGGAGAGGAUAGCUCCAACUCAGACGGAGAGCAGAACGCUAGGGAUGAAGCGACUGAUCCCUACCGUUUUGAAUCUCCUGAUGCCGUGCAAGCCGCGAUGCUAGAGAGAAGGAGGAAAAGGCGGAAGUUAAUUGAAGAUGAGAUGAAGUGGAAUCCUGGGCUACGCCUAUGGAUACAAAGACGGGAUGCGUGGACGGGGGCCAAAGUGCCUCCUAAGAAGACCGCUGGUGUUGAAGCCGCUUUGAAACCGCGUACAAGCAGUGACGAAAGCGCAGGUGGAAGCUGUAACGACAAUGAUGAUCUAGAAACUGCUGGACCUUCGUCUCGUCCUCUUUCUGCAGAUUCAUUGUCCAACGCGGUUACAGACGCGGCACUGCCGGCGCAGUCUCUACCCCUGGUUGACGAUACAAUAAGUAAAAGCACUGUCACCGUCCCGCAUACGGAACCAUUUGCAGAUUCAGAAGAACCUCUUGUUCCCAUCGUCUCGCCUAUUCUUCCCAGCUCCAACCCUUUCCGUACCUACACCACGCCAUCAAAUUACCCUGCCAUCUAUAACAAACUCGUCAUCGAAGGGAACACGCCAGCCGUGCCUGUAAAUCUGCUACAUAUGACGCGAGCUCUUGUGCAAGGCUGGAAAAGGGAAGGGCAAUGGCCCCCGAAGCCCACUAUCACCAAGGACGUUCCCGUGGUGAGAAAGAAGCGACCUCAGUUGCAAACUGAAUCGAAUGGUAAAGCUAUAGCGGCGAUCCCGCUGCACCGCCGGCACCGGCGGAAGAACACACAAGUCGCAGGAAGUCAAUUAGUUCUAACGUCACUGGUGCGGUGA